AUGAAUCACGCUCAACGGAACGAACAUAUAUCUGGUCGAGAACUGAACAUGAUGAACGACCUGACCCCCGAGCUGGGCAGGAGGAGACGAGCGGCUUGGGGAGCAUACAAGAGCAUCGAGGGUGUAGUGAAGAAGACCAGGAACACCUGGCUCCGUGCUCACCUCUUCAACACCACCGUACUUCCUGCUUUGACCUAUGCUUCGGAAACCUGA